UUAACAACAAAUCCACGCGACAAAACUCAAAAGCAAAGAGAAGAGCGGCAACACUACUUAAAUGGCUCCGGCUUUGAUUCGUUUAGCUUGCGCUCCCGUCUCCUCUUCUACCCUAUACCUAUACGGAAGCCUUAGAAGAAACUCUGCUUCUCCAUCCAAAUUAAUGGCGUGGCCUUGUUCCAAGUGCACUUUCAUCAAUCCUCCAUCGCAGAAAUCAGCGUGUCAGAUCUGCCUAUCUCCCGUUUCUUCUUCCAGUUCUCCCCCGUCGUUUAGUUGGUCUUGCAAGGCCUGUACUUUCUCCAACAAGUAUGGAACGACUAACUGCGAAAUCUGCGGUACAAGAGCCAGUGCUUCGUUGUUAUCGCGAUUAGACGAUUUGGAUUCUAUUGGUCCCAAUGAAGAGUUAGAUUCUUCGAUUGGGUCUGUUUUUCUGCCCCUGCAGCGCUGUAGUAAGAGAAAGAAGCCGGAGACUAUUGAGGUUGACGAUGACGACGGUCUUGGUGGACUGGACAUUUCUCGAGUUGCCAAAUCGUCGAGGCAAGCAGAAGACGCUUUGGAAGUUAACACCAAGCAAGACACCAAUUUGAGCACAUUGAAGAUUUUGACUUACAAUGUUUGGUUUCGAGAAGACCUGGAAAUGUAUAAGAGGAUGAAAGCUCUUGGCGAACUUAUUCAACAGCAUUCCCCAGAUAUCAUCUGUUUCCAGGAGGUUACACCAAACAUAUAUGACAUUUUCCAACAAUCCAGCUGGUGGAAACUAUAUCACUGUUCAGUUUCAAAUGAUGUAGCAAUAACAAGACCAUAUUUCUGCAUGCAGUUAAGUAAACUACCUGUUAAAUCCUUCAGCUGUACACCAUUCAGCAACUCCAUAAUGGGUAGAGAACUUUGUGUUGCUGAGAUUGAAGUUGGGAUUGAUAAGCCAUUGGUUGUUGCCACUAGUCACCUUGAGAGUCCUUGUCCAGCACCUCCCAAAUGGGAUCAAAUGUACAGCAAGGAACGUGUAGCUCAGGCAAAGCAAGCCCUUAAUAUUCUCAAGGACCUUCAAAAUGUCAUAUUUGGUGGCGAUAUGAACUGGGAUGACAAGUUGGAUGGUCAGUUUCCCUUGCAUGAAGGUUGGGCUGAUGCUUGGGCAGACCUCAGGCCUGGGGAAAAUGGAUGGACAUAUGAUACAAAGUCCAAUCAAAUGUUGUCUGGUAACAGGACAUUGCAGAAGCGAUUAGAUCGAUUUGUAUGCAAUUUACACAAUUUCAGUAUUCAACGGAUUGAUUUGAUUGGGAAGGAAGCAAUACCAGGACUUUCUUACUGCAAAGAGAAGAAAGUAAAGAAAGAGAUACAAAAGUUGGUGCUCCCUGUUUUGCCUAGUGAUCAUUAUGGCUUGCUCUUGACAAUUAAACGGUGCUAGGAGAUGAAGAUGCAGAAUCAAGUUUUAACUUUUGAGUCCAGUGGGUUGAUGCCCUUGUUACUACAGUGCUGCUAUUAUUUAUAUUAUUGUCCCUUAGAGCAAUUUUGUACAGUUGGUGGGCUCAGUCACAGUGGUGUAAAGGACUUGGUACCUUAUUAUGUCUUUUUGUAUC